UGUAUCGCUAAUUGUUUUAAAAACUAGAUAUUAUUCAAUGCAAACAACAAUAACUAAAACAACAACAAUAAUAACUAAACGGCUAUUAUUUGGCAAACAAUUUAUUUGGCAAUCGUUGGCCACAAACAACACGUGUUCAGCAAAACGAUUACUACAAACACAACAACACGCGGUCAUCGAUAACAAUAGCAACGCCGACACCAUUAGCAUUGAUGGACAGCAAAACACUGGACAAGUUUACCAACAAUUGUCUCAAUCGUUGCCCAACAAUAUCGACAGCACCGUUGCCGGCAACAAGACUACCGAUACCAACAGUGAUGGACAGCAAAAUCGGCAACACUUGCGUCAAAUUUACCAACAAUUGUCUCAAUCGUUGCCCAACAGUAUCGACAAAACCAUUGCCGACAACAGCAACAAGACUACCGAUACCAACAGUGAUGGACAGCAAAAUCGGCAACACUUGCGUCAAAUUUACCAACAAUUGUCUGAAUCGUUGCCAAACUUCUUUGUCAGUACACAUUGCUAUCAUCUGUAUUCGCCGAACUUGAUCUUCGAAGAUAAUCUACGAAAUAUAAAAACCCUGGGUUUGACUAACUAUAUCAAACAGCUAUCGAUGGUUAAACUAUUAGCUCAUCUAAAGUAUUCGCAUAAACGGCUGGACGUACUCAAGAUUACCGAACAUCCCGAAGAUCAGACAGUCAGAGUCCGGUGGCGAGUAGUCGGUACACCCGGUUUGGGCAUUAUUUUUAUGUUUUGGCGCUACAGUUUCAAUGUGAAGAAGAGUACAGCAAAAGAUAGAUCCGAAUGGACGGAUGGCUUCUCCAUAUUUCAUGUCGGCAGCGACGGUAAAAUUGAUAAACAUAUUAUCGAAAAAAUAAUGCCCGAUGAUAAUCGUGAGCCAACUGAUCCGACAAAAAGGUCAUCAACCGAUAUUAAUGUGAAAUUAGCAUUUAUUUUAGGUUUAGUACCGCAAUCGGCGACGGCCGCAGCAGCGGCGGCGACGGCGACCAGUAAUAGUGUCAUCAGUUAUCAACAAUUAGUGGCCGAACUUAUGACCACAACGCUAACCACAAAUUGGUUAACAAUUGGUUAGUUUCCCGAUUUGAUUGAUUGACACCACCGGCACCGGUAUUUGUUAAAAUAUAAUAUUACUUUUUAAUAAUAAUAUUAUUAUUAAAC